AUGGUAAAGAAUACGUUCAGAAAAUAUAUUGGGAAGAUAUUUUUUAAGAAAUGUCAGAACAUGGUAGAGGCUACCGCUAUGGCAUUUUGGCUUUUAAAAUUAAUGGGCUAUCAAGUACUGGGUUUAAUAAGUCCCACGAAAACAACUGUAGUUUCGAAAUUUUCUUAUUUUGGUUUCUGCAUGUAUAUUUUUUGGUAUUCCUUAUACUUAUAUUGUUUUUCCAUCGCUUUUCAAAACGAUCAAACCGUUCUUCGAUUGUUAUUUAAUACCAGGCUGAAGCAGUAUGGUGAAAUGUAUGAAAAAGCUGUGGCAAUUGUAUAUGUUGUAUAUUUGAUGUGGAAAUUACCCUUCAGUUUGCACAAUGACCCGAAGUACGCACGACAGAUUUUUCAAAUGGAUGAAUUAUUAGAGAAAUUAGGAGUACUAUUGGAUUAUAACAAGCACGUGUUGGUGUCGUUCACUAUUGGUGUGGCUCAGUAUGGUGUAUAUUAUUUACGAUUAUUUACCAUAUGGUACGUUUUACAUAAGCUAGACAUGUCUAUACCGUAUGCAAAAAUUUACCAGGGCGUAUACCCUGAUACGCUGUCUUUUGUAAUAACUUCCUGUUACUGUUAUUAUUUAAUGGCUCUAAGAGAGAGACACACAGCUGUAAAUGAUGUUCUUAGAGAUAUAAAGGAAUCCAUACGUCCCCUGGAGAAAUCAGAGGAAUCGCGAUCAGCCGCAGAAAUUCAAGAUGUUUGUGAAAAAAUCAGGCUGUGUGCUAAAAUUAAUACCAUAAUGUACGCAGGGUCUGAAACCAUUAACAAACAUUAUGGCUUCACAUUAUUCAUAACAAUGUUAUCAAAUAUUAGUUAUAUAGUCCUGUACAUGUUUUAUUUUAUGGAAGCAACAGCGGCCGGUUUAUAUUUGGAUCUGCAGAGAUAUGUUAGCUUUUUGACGUACGUGUUUUGGCAGGUUUUAUAUGCAGUUGUUAUUUUUAUUUCGAAUGUAUAUUUCGCUGAAAGUACCGUACGGGAGGCGAAAAAAACAUCCUUCAUUGUACACGAAAUAGUAAAUUGUGACUUUAGUCCUGAGGUUACGAAUGAGGCAAGACAGUUCUCGAUGCAGUUGCUUCAUUUAGUGCCUAAAUUCACUGCUUCCGGUCUUUAUACAUUGGAUUAUACAUUAUUACAAGAGGGCGCCCGAUCCGUAUUAACUUUCUUGGUGAUACUAUUACAAUUUGUCACAGAUCCACAAAGUUACAUUUAA